AACGAUCAUCACCAUCUCAGAUACUAAGAAUGGCCGCAAUAUCUCCUAUGGGAUUCAACUUUGGUAAUACAAAAACAUCUACAAAACUCUUGAAAUCUUCUAAAUCUUCAAAGAAGAGGGAGUUCGUCAACGAGGACGACACCAAGAUGUCCAUCCCAGAUGACGAACACGAGAAUAGACCGGUUAGAUCACUCAAAAAAGUUAAAUCAACGAUAAACAACCACACGCCGGAUGAGCCCGACUUGGGCGUCUUGCUCGCUUCUCUCCCCCAUCAGUCCCUCCUCAGCAUAAUGAAUAACAUCAUCAAUCAAGAGCCAUCAGUGAAAUCUCUGAUCCUCUCGAAAAUACCCCAGCCAUCUCUAUCCACCUAUUUACACGCCCUCAAUGAUUCCACCAACCGCAUCAUACAUUCUAUCCCUCUCGGCAACACUAGAGCUAUUUACACACUCUCGAGACUAAAAAUUCCGUUGACUGAUUGGUCAAAAGUCAUCUCAACCUAUUUGCCCUUCUUCACCUCAAGCAAUCUCCAUCCAGCGGACAGAUUUAUCGCUAUCCAGCCAACGACUUUGCAGUUCAUCAGACUCUUGAGUCACCUUCCAACUAUCACCGAUGAUCAAUUACCGACUUCAUUAGACUAUAUAUGGCAAAAGAUAAGACAGUCCUGGUCAGAUUGGUUUAAUCAAAUUGAUGACAACGUAAAUAACCAAGGUGCGAUGUUUAGCGCAUCCAUCUUACAAACCUGGGCUAAAGGUCUCGACGAAAUCUGCCAGUCGGACAAAACUCCAGAGGGUUUCCACGCUAGCUGUCAAAUAGACUUGAUAAACCUCCGUCAGAACUGGGAGUCAAACCUCGGCUGGUUGAUCGCUAGAGAUAUCACAGCAAGGCCAAGCUGGGCAGUCUAGUCUAGUAGAACGAUAACAACGAUAACAUUUUUUAUUUAUACUUACGGUUGUAAUGUCUUU